AUGAAGGGGCGCGUACGGCUGUGCAUUGACAGACAGUGCGGAUGUGCAUUGAAAGAUAGUGGUGUUAAAAGGUGAGCGGGUUGCGGGGGAGACGGAACGGAAGGGGAGGCAGAGCUGUGUGUACUCUCUUUGUAGCUGUAUCACUACUGGUUUUUGGUCGUGUUGUAGCUGUACUGACCGAUAAAAGCGGUUUGUGUUGGUUACUA